CAGGAGUCGACACACAGAUGGAGCGACUGUGAAGAGCAACGCAGAGGCAGAGAGCGAGGAGGAUGGGAGGGGAGGGCAGGUGAAGUGAAUGCAAAACAGAGGACAUACUGAAGAGAGACAAGAAGACUGUAGAGCGUACACAAGCCUGGAUGCCUGAGGAACACUACGAUUACACCGAAGACGGCAAGGACAACGUGUAAAAGAAAAACCAGCCUUUAGAGGGGCAGAUCACUGCAGCAGAGGAGCCAGCAUCUUUCGCAUCGGUGCGCCGGGCUCUAGGGAGCGGGGAAGGGCUCUUCAUAGAGGAGCAUGGCAUCCUGGUUUACUGGUGUUGCUGCGGCGGGAUGGACUGAGUCUCAUUCAUUAUUCUAGAAGAAAACCGCCACUAUCUACACAGGCCACUGCAACUCUCAUCAUCCACUAUGCACAGGGAUGGAGAGCAAGCACAUGGAAUUACGUGCCAUCAUCAACAACACAGGAGAACUCAACCUUCACACAGCAACAGCACUGAUAACAUUAGCCCGGGCAACAGCCGAGAUAUUAGGUAGCACUUUACAUAUUGCAGUUUUAGUGACAGCUACAGGAAAAACUGUGUUUUAAUUUUUGAUACCUUCAGCUCUCAGGUUUUAGCUAUAAUGUUUGCAUAUCAUUUGGUGGAUGGUGGGUGGUGUAUAUUGUAGUUGUUGUUAGUUUACUGAAGUUUGUGGUUGGUAUGGUGAGGAGAGCAGAUGCUCUAACUGGAUUGGCUGAUGAAGGCCUCCUGGAUACGACUGCUGAAACGAGCAACAGGGAACCAAGUCAAGAACAACAUCGCUGGUUCAGCGAACUCAUACACUAGUCGGCCGUCUGACUCGGAUGUGUCUCUGGAGGAAGAUAAAGAGGCCUUACGCAGAGAAGCUGAGAGACAAGCACAGGCUCAGCUCGAAAAGGCCAAGUCUAAACCAGUGGCGUUUGCAGUACGUACUAAUGUUGGCUACAGUGCUUCUCCUGAAGAUGACAUCCCUGUGCCUGGAAUGGGAAUCUCAUUUGAGUCUAAAGAUUUCCUUCAUGUUAAAGAAAAAUUUAAUAAUGACUGGUGGAUUGGUCGCUUGGUGAAAGAGGGGUGUGAAAUCGGCUUCAUCCCAAGUCCAGUGAAGCUUGAAAGCAUUCGCAUCCACCAGGACCAACGUGCAAAACAAGGAAAGUUUUACUCAAGUAAAUUGGGAGCAAACUCUUUAUCUAGCUUAGCAGACGUGGUUUCAAACUCACGUAAAUCAACCCCUCCAUCUUCAGCUGUGGACAUAGACGCUGCAGGGUUAGAUCCAGAGGAGAGUGACCCUCCUCCCCAUCAGCGUUCACCCAAAGCCAGCCCAAACACAGUAAUACCCCCUUUAGCCCGUGAGAAACGAAUGCCUUUCUUUAAGAAGGUAAAGCAUGCCGAUGGACGCUCCCUCGCUCUGAAUCUGUCCCGUCACAGCAGCAUCACGCAGAGCCUGUUUCGCUUGUCACCGUCCAAACAUCCAUGUCAGCUUAUUCCACUCACUUUUUCUUGUCUCUGUUCCUCUGUAUCCCAAUCCUUCACACUCCCAUGGUCUUUUCUUUUUGUCUGUUCCCCUUCCUCCUUUCCUUUAGCUAAGCAGAGGCACAAGUCGACAGAGCAUGUUCCUCCAUAUGACGUGGUGCCGUCUAUGAGACCCGUGGUGCUGGUGGGACCGUCGCUCAAGGGCUACGAGGUAACAGAUAUGAUGCAGAAAGCGCUGUUUGACUUUCUGAAGCACCGUUUUGAGGGGAGGAUCUCGAUCACGAGGGUGGCUGCUGAUAUUUCUCUGGCCAAGCGCUCUGUGAUCAACAACCCCAGUAAACAUGCCAUCAUCGAGCGCUCGAACACACGCUGCAACUUAGCCGAGGUUCAGAGUGAGAUCGAGAGGAUCUUUGAACUGGCUCGCACGCUGCAGCUGGUGGUUCUUGACGCUGACACGAUAAACCACCCGACUCAACUGGGAAAAACAUCUCUUGCUCCAAUUAUUGUCUAUGUCAAGAUCACCUCUCCACAGGUUUUGCAGCGGUUAAUAAAGUCUAGAGGAAAGUCUCAGGCAAAACAUCUCAGUGUGCAGAUGGUGGCAGCAGAAAAACUUGCCCAGUGCUCUUCAGAGCUUUUCGACAUCAUUCUUGAUGAGAAUCAGCUGGAAGACGCCUGUGAGCACAUGGCUGAUUUUCUGGAGGCCUACUGGAAAUCCACGCAUCCUCCCAGCGUCCCGCAGACAAACCCUCUGCUGGAGAAACUCACCACAAUGGCUGCAGCCGCAGUCGCCUGCAAGGACUCACUGGCUAACCAGCAAACAAAGGGAAGAGUGAGUGAGCAGACAGCAGAGAGAUCAACGGACGACAAGACGGGCUUUUAUGAGGACUACCAUCAUCAUCAUCACUACCAAACUCAGACGCAAGGACGUUUGGAAGACGACAACACUGAGGAGCGAGAUGCUAAAGCUAACAACGACCGACAACUGAGAGAAUGGAGAAGCGGUCACAAACACCACAGCCAUCAUCAUCAUCACCAUCAUCAUCACCGCCACCAUCACAGUCGCACCACGAGGACGCUUUCCAAACAAGAGACGUCAGAGUCCAUGUAUCCUGAGCCUCUUGCUGGACAAACACAGCCAAACCAUCAUCAUCAUCAUCAUCAUCACCACCGGGGCGACAAAGAGAAGGAAUACGAGCACAAUGAGAGGAACAACCGGCAAAGAGGAAAGCAGAGGUCACAGCGAGACCCUCAUCACGAGCGGGACAGGAAACGAGGAGAGGAGGAACGGGCGAGAGAGCAUUACAUAGAGCAGUGACACACGUGCCACAAACACACCGACCUCAAACUCAUGUGUAAUGUACAUGACACGUGUAUAUGACUUUUCUAAGAGUGGACAAAUUAAAUAAAGAUAAUUAGAUAUAUAAUUUAAUAUGGCAUGAAUGUUGAAAAUCUCUUUAUUUAUUUUUAAUCCUCUUUUUUUUUUUUUUGCUUUCCUGGUCUUAUUGAACAAAUUAUAGAUGCAUGUUAAUGGGAAUCUAAUAACUUGUUCUGACUGAAUUGUGUUUGGAGCAAAAAUGUCACUGAAAGUGAUAAAAAUGGCAGAAUAUGUCCCCAUAUAGAAAUCUGCUGUUUAUUUCAUCAGAUGUACUUUAGGUCAAGUUAAUUACUCAAAUGUUAUUUAUUUUAUUAGUUAUUGUUAUAAUUUAUGAAGGUUUGUUUUUGCCAUAGGAAUAGUUUUUUUUUUGUUGUUGUUGUUGUUGUUUUGUUUUUUAAGUAAAAGCUACUAUUUAUCUCACAAUUCCUUUUUUAAAUUUUUAAUUUUGAAAAAGAAAAGUCAGGAAUAUAAGAUGUAAAUAAGGUAAUAACUGUGAAAAAAAGGUUUCCAUUUCCUUUUAUUUAUUUAUAUUUUCUUCUGUUGUCCAAAAAAAAACUUUUUUUGAUAUUACAAGAAAAAUUGUGAGAUAAAAAAAGUGCAAUUACCCUUAUUUUUUUAAUUCCAUGGCAGAAACAUUCUUCCAUAAUUAUUAUUAUUAUUUUGUUAUUGAAUACUGUGUUCACACAUAAAGACAUCAUAUGACAUUUAAAAAAAAAAUGAUCUAUUGAAUUCUCGAUUGCAUCUUCACUGCUGUCUGCAUUUAGUUUGAAAACAGAAUAGGAUAUUUAUUUUAUGUUGUGUGGAUGUCAUUUCAAACUGUUAUUUAAUGUUAAUUACUUGUGUUUUAAUGUUACAGAAGUGUGUAUUGCCUUGCACAUAGGAUAAAGACGUUACAAAAACGA